GAGAACGUGAUUUUUGCCGACCAAUAAGCUAUCGUAAAGAGUCGUUUUCGCGUUUUGUUACGCGACGAGAGAAACAACAAUUUAUCGAAGAAAUUUCAAAUCCAAUUCCAAUUUCAGAAAUGGCUCAAGAAACAUCGAUAUGGCUGAAUUUAUGCUUUGUAGAGAAGAUCCUGCGAAAUUCGGAAAGUGAUAAUUCGAUCCAAGUAACUAAUAUAUGUUCGGAACCAGCCACAAGCAAGGGUGACAACUACACUAGUGACAUAAUCAGGAUAAUUGCCGACUUUUCUUGUAAUCAAGGUGGCUUUAAGAAUACAAAGAAGAAAUCAAUCAUCAUUAAAAUCUCACCUACACUCGAAGAUGAUCGAAAGAAACUUGUCACACAAUCAGGUUACUUUCAUAAUGAAGCAUUGAUGAUGUCAGACACCUUGGAUAAAAUGAAUAAGUUGUUAGGACCAAAUCAUCGCUUGAGUGGGAAAAUUCUCUACGUACAAAAUGAAAAUCCAACGCUUUUAGUAAUCGAAGAUCUUGCGCCUCUAGGUUUUCGAUUGGCCGAUCGUUCGUCUGGUUUUGAUCUAGCCCAUUCCGUAUUGGCACUUCGUGGACUAGCCAGGUUUCAUGCAGCUUCCGUAGCCCUAUGCGAGAAGGAACCAAAACAGAAAGAGAUGUAUUUGAAAGGAAUAUUCCAUAAACAGCAUCCACCAGAAAUGAAAAAUAUUUUCAUUAAGAGUACUAAAGCUUUAGCAGACGAGAUUGCAAAUUGGCCAGAAGUAAAAAAAUAUUCGGAAAAAAUUGCUAAACUUUCCGAUCACAUAUAUCAAAUAGGUAUAAAUGCAAGCAAGCUGUUCGAGGAUGAAUUUAAUGUUAUUAAUCACGGUGAUUUUCAAAUGAAUAAUAUAUUGUUCAAAUAUAACAACAAUGGAAAACCGAUCGAUUAUAUUUUAGUAGACUUUCAAAUGUGCGUUUAUACAUCGCCCGCAUUCGAUCUUCUCUGUUUUCUCAAUUCAAGUACUUCCUUCGAUGUCAUUGAAUACAAGAAAGAUGUUCUAUUAAGUGAAUACCUUGAUAUGUUGACAACGACUAUGAAGCAAUUAAAUUGCAAAACGGAGCCGCCCACCAUGAAGGAACUGAAAGCUAUCCUAAAGCGAAGGGCUAGCUUGGAAAUGCUAAUAUCCUUCACGGUUUUACCAUAUAUGCUGCGCUGUCAGACUAAAACAGAUUUGAAUGAGAUAAUAAGCACUGGUACUUUUAUAUAUUCAAAAAACGAGAGUUUUAAACAGUUAAUGAUAAAAAGACUCCCACUAUAUGAUGAGUGGGGUUUAUUAGAUCUUUAAAGCAUACUUUAUCAUUAGUAAUAAAAUAUAAAAAUUAAAAAGAAAUAAAAGUAAUAGACGUAACUAU